AAGGUAUUAACUCCACUAUGCUUCUCUCUCCUGUUAUUCUUAUUCUUGAGAGAGCUCCUCUCUCAAAGACUAGAAUAUUGCUAACUUGAGCGUUGGAGUGUUAUACCCAAGGAAACACCCUCGAGCAUUUUAGGUUCAUGAUCAACAAAGGAUUCUGUGAAGAGGAUUGGAAAAGGAGAUGAAUGAAGUUGAAAGAAAGGGACUCCAUUGAAGAAAUCAAAAGUUGGAAGGAAGGAAUUCAUCAAGAUUUAUUUGCAAAUCUAACACCAACUAGACCUGGCAAACGGGUGGGUUGGGUCGAGUUAGGGUAGGGUCAGAAUGGUUUCAAUCAAGUUCCCAAAAAUCACAGUUUCUUCGUUUCUCUUUUCAUUUCUUUUUCAAAUUCAAAACCCUAAACCUGCUACUUCUACAAAUUUAAAUUAAAAUCAAAAUAAGAUCAUCCUUCUUUUUCCUUCUUCUUAUUCUCUCUCUCUCUCUCUCUCUCUCUCUCUCUUCUCCCUUCUUCCUCUCCAGAUCUGGGUUUUCUCAGGCUGAAUCGGCCUUAGUUUGCUCAUUGUUUCUUAUUUUCUUUGUUGAUUUGCUAGUUAUAAUCAAACAAAUCCAUCAAUUUUCUCUAAUUCCAAAUCUCUCUCUCUUUCCAUCUACUUUCUC